AUGAAGUACAUUAUGGCAGAAAUCUCCCGGGGAAAGUAUAUGGAACUUGAAGAAGACAAGUAUACAGAAAAGCGUGAGAAGGUGUACACAUUCAUGAAAAUUCCAAGAGAGUUUGAAAAGGUUAAUAUUCUUUCUUUUGUUUGGUUGUUUUUUGCUUGUUUUUGUUUGUAGAACUUGAAGCACUAUUCUCAAUUUUCUUGGUUUUUUUAUCAUCAUAUGGGUACAAAAUUAAAAGCCUUUUUUGAGGUGAAAGGUUGUGAUUAAAUUAUUCUUAAAAUAAUUGUUAUAUUUUCAUCUUAUAAUUAUACUCAUUACAAUUACAGCAUUAUUGAAACCUAAGUUUUGCUUUUUAAAACAGUUUGCACUCAAAGGAUUGUUUUGGGCUUUCUGUUUUCUUUCAGUUGAUGGUUUUUGGUUUCAUGUUGUGCCUUGACUGUUUUUUGUUCAUAUUUACGUUCCUUCCAUUGCGUUUGAUUGUUGCAUGUUACAAGAUUUUAACUGGACUGCUGUUUUGCAGAACGUGAGUUACAAAGUGAUACAAAGUUUUAUUACAGUCAAACCCCCCUUUANUUCCUGUAAAUGUUUGGUAACUGAUGGCAUCCUUGUUUUGGACACAGAAUUGUGCUGUUUCAAAGCCGGGUGGCCUAAAAUAGAAAUGAUUAUUAAAAUGCAUAACCUCACAGGGGAAAGUAUCUUGGGUUUUAUUUGGUUCUGCAUAAAGUGAAAUCCAUCAAAUGUGUAGCCGAAAAGCCGAAUAGUACGAUCUUCACCAGAAAGGACGUAUAUUUUGGUAUAGUUGUUUAGCCUUAACAUGAGAAGUUUUUCAUGCUGUUUUAGUGUUGUUUCAAUCCAUCUGUCUCAAUGUUGCUGUUAAUUCACACAACAAAGCUUUGUUAGUCAUCAUGGUGUCAAACCAGGUAGGUGCACUUGUUAGUAAUACAGUGGAACUCCAGUAACUGUGAAGGGAAAUGUAAAAGUUAGAGAGGGUUUGAGUUAUCAGGGUCGAUUGCAAAAUUCCAUUUGCCGCGGUGGUUAAAAUGGGCAGUUACUGAUUUUCAGCACUUGAACAGUGUAUGGUGCAGUGCAAAUUUAACUUAUUUCAUCAGAAACGGUAACAUGACGAAGAUGUUCUUAGGGGUUUGUCACACGUUCCUGCCCUGUUAACGGGGCAGGAAUGCAACACUCACCCCUGAGAACUUCUGCGUGGGAGGCUAACAAGGAAGUGGCUGCUUCAAGAGAGAGAGAGAGAGAGAGAGAGAGAGAAAGCUGAUUGUAUAUUUUUGUCUUCACUAGUUUGUGGAACUAAAAGGAAGUGUUUUCAAGAAAUUUGAAAAGAACAACUUAUUCCAAAUGGCAUGCAGUGGUAUGUUGAAAUACGGUCGUUAUUUUUAAAGAAUUUAUAGUUUACUUGUAGAGAGAACUCUGGUUAAGUUUUCGUUUUCUUUUUGCAGAUAUAAGAGAACGAUUUCACUAUUUGAUUUUAGUAACAAUUGUAACGCUUCGGAACUUGACAGAAUUUAAUUGGAACCUUGGUAAGUGAAAAGAAUAGACCUUUUUCUAAGUGAAAUGAAAAAGAAUACUGUAAAAGGAAAAACGGAAAAAAUCUUUACUUGCGUAAGGUGGACAGUUCUUCGGGGACUAUCAGAGCGAUUUUCGCAUGACCAGUAAUUGUUCGUUAUUUCUUUUAUCAGCCAAUGGAUGAAAAGAUCAGAACAUGGCCUUUUCGUUUUCCCGCCAAAAAAAAACCUAAUAUGGAGAAGGCAUUGGUCGAUUGGCCAAUCAUGUUGCAGUUGGUUGCAGUAUGACGUCAAAGCGAAGUAUUGAUUGAUUUCUAGAAAGUUCUCGGGCAUGAAGUUUUUUUUACCGGAGUGUUCGAUUAACUAACCAAAAGCCACCUGGGUUUGUAUCCGUUCGAUAAACCAAUCAAAUCGCUCUAUUUCCGUUCGUUUGUUUUUUCUGUUUUGUUCGCGCGUUUUCAUUUCAAGGACAUAUGAAAAUCGCUCUUACCCUUUACAAGCCCAGAAUCUACUUACAAAUUCUCCACACUGAUCUCCAUACAUUUCCUUGAAGAAUUAGAGGAGAUAGCUUGUUUAAAAAUCAAAGAAUUUCCCCAGAACCUUUUUUUGCUUAUCUUUUGAUAUUGUGAUGACAAAAUUGAUGACCAACAUCAAUUUUUUCUUUACAAAAUCAGCAGAUCAUCAAGAGUAAAGGUUAUGAGAAUUACUCAAUUGAUUACCAAAUGCAGAAUGCGUUGAUCUUAAACCAAAUUCUCCCAACUAUUCUUAAAAGAAAUGUAUGGAGAUCAGUCUGGAGAAUUUGUAUGCGGAUUUUGGGACUUAAAGGGUUAAAAGGGCUAAAAAUUGCAAAGUUGCCAAAAAAUGACGAUAACCGCUAAACUUGGAUAAAAAUUCAGUGUUGUAAUCCUAAAAACCAGAAGAUUCAUUUAAUGAUCUAAAUGGUGAAUCGCCAACUCUACUCUGGUUUUCAAAAGAACUUAUGGAUAUUGUUGUAGACUGACUCAAAAUUUUCAGGAAGUGUAUUUUUUACGAAAGGACCAACACAGCAAAACUGUACUCAGAGUCAAAUAUGAAAACCCAAAAACCCUGAACGUCCACAAAGUGAAAUUUUAUAACGAUUUCUGCUAGGACGCAAGAAUCGAGGAACCGAACUCGUAGAAUGGGCAGGAGUCGAUAGAGCCCUUGGCUGCAGAACGGGAGGUCGCGGGUACGAUUCCCGGGACCGGACCAAUACUCAGAGUCUUAAAAUAACUGAGAAAUGAAGGUACUCCCUUUGCAGUGCAAACGGCUUAUUGAAGUUACAAAAUCUUGUGCAAUUGCCCUCCGAGGGUUUUUAAAUGACCCCAUUUGAAUCUCAUUUCUUUGAAAUAACAAACACUAAAUCCUUUCUAGACUAAACAGCCUGUGAGGACCAGCGGUAGCUUUAGCCAUAAUAUGUGACCACCUCACACAAGAAAAAUAAUUAAUUAUUGUGAGAGGAAACAUUGCAAUGGCAAGACUUAAAGCCAGAGAUACAGAUUAAUAUUUGCUGAUUAUAAUUUAUUCUUGUACCCUUAAACACCUUUAUAUAGCUACAGUGUAUGUGGUAGUCUCCUUACCCUAUUCUAUUCCUCAGCCUAUGAAGUCUCUACCCUUCUAUAUACUUCAACUGAGCCUGAAAAAUAAAGCCCUAUCAGGUGGGAUAUCCCUCAAAGGCCACUACAGUGAGUACAGUGGAAUUCCGCCUUACAACCACCCUGUUUAUGUGACCACCUCUUUAUUACAACCAUAUUCUUUCAACCCAAACUUAAAAAUCACAGACUUAUUUUAUUAUUUUUGAAGACCCCAUUAAUGAGACCACCUCGUUAUUACGACCAGGAUUUUAUGGCCAAUAGAGGUUGCAUUAACGGGGUUCCACUGUAUCCUUGUAUCCCCACUCCCUCCUCCCCCCAAAACUCUUUCUCCUUUCUUCUUGGUCUUUUUUCUCUGUUUUAACGUUAAUAAUUAUUUGAUAUUUUACAACUAAACUUUUACUGUCUUGUAGAUAGCAGACAGACUGUUUUCAUCAUUUGGACAAGACAUCUUGGACGCACUAUUUUGGACAGCAACUGAACCAAAAGAUAGAAGACGUGAACAUAUCGGAAUUAUUCCACAUUUUGUUAUGGCGGUCGUUUAUGUGUGUAUCCUUCAGAUGCGUAGUGAAACUUAUGAUGUUUUUAAAAGUCGUAGACAAAAUCAUUAAAUCUGCUUGGCAUAUUACAGUUUCAAUUUCUUUUUCAUUGCUGAUUGAUUGUAUUUUGACAAUGUUAAUGCAUUUCCUGUAAAUGUUUGGUAACUGAUGGCAUCCUUGUUUUGGACACAGAAUUGUGCUGUUUCAAAGCCGGGUGGCCUAAAAUAGAAAUGAUUAUUAAAAUGCAUAACCUCACAGGGGAAAGUAUCUUGGGUUUUAUUUGGUUCUGCAUAAAGUGAAAUCCAUCAAAUGUGUAGCCGAAAAGCCGAAUAGUACGAUCUUCACCAGAAAGGACGUAUAUUUUGGUAUAGUUGUUUAGCCUUAACAUGAGAAGUUUUUCAUGCUGUUUUAGUGUUGUUUCAAUCCAUCUGUCUCAAUGUUGCUGUUAAUUCACACAACAAAGCUUUGUUAGUCAUCAUGGUGUCAAACCAGGUAGGUGCACUUGUUAGUAAUACAGUGGAACUCCAGUAACUGUGAAGGGAAAUGUAAAAGUUAGAGAGGGUUUGAGUUAUCAGGGUCGAUUGCAAAAUUCCAUUUGCCGCGGUGGUUAAAAUGGGCAGUUACUGAUUUUCAGCACUUGAACAGUGUAUGGUGCAGUGCAAAUUUAACUUAUUUCAUCAGAAACGGUAACAUGACGAAGAUGUUCUUAGGGGUUUGUCACACGUUCCUGCCCUGUUAACGGGGCAGGAAUGCAACACUCACCCCUGAGAACUUCUGCGUGGGAGGCUAACAAGGAAGUGGCUGCUUCAAGAGAGAGAGAGAGAGAGAGAGAGAGAGAAAGCUGAUUGUAUAUUUUUGUCUUCACUAGUUUGUGGAACUAAAAGGAAGUGUUUUCAAGAAAUUUGAAAAGAACAACUUAUUCCAAAUGGCAUGCAGUGGUAUGUUGAAAUACGGUCGUUAUUUUUAAAGAAUUUAUAGUUUACUUGUAGAGAGAACUCUGGUUAAGUUUUCGUUUUCUUUUUGCAGAUAUAAGAGAACGAUUUCACUAUUUGAUUUUAGUAACAAUUGUAACGCUUCGGAACUUGACAGAAUUUAAUUGGAACCUUGGUAAGUGAAAAGAAUAGACCUUUUUCUAAGUGAAAUGAAAAAGAAUACUGUAAAAGGAAAAACGGAAAAAAUCUUUACUUGCGUAAGGUGGACAGUUCUUCGGGGACUAUCAGAGCGAUUUUCGCAUGACCAGUAAUUGUUCGUUAUUUCUUUUAUCAGCCAAUGGAUGAAAAGAUCAGAACAUGGCCUUUUCGUUUUCCCGCCAAAAAAAAACCUAAUAUGGAGAAGGCAUUGGUCGAUUGGCCAAUCAUGUUGCAGUUGGUUGCAGUAUGACGUCAAAGCGAAGUAUUGAUUGAUUUCUAGAAAGUUCUCGGGCAUGAAGUUUUUUUUACCGGAGUGUUCGAUUAACUAACCAAAAGCCACCUGGGUUUGUAUCCGUUCGAUAAACCAAUCAAAUCGCUCUAUUUCCGUUCGUUUGUUUUUUCUGUUUUGUUCGCGCGUUUUCAUUUCAAGGACAUAUGAAAAUCGCUCUUACCCUUUACAAGCCCAGAAUCUACUUACAAAUUCUCCACACUGAUCUCCAUACAUUUCCUUGAAGAAUUAGAGGAGAUAGCUUGUUUAAAAAUCAAAGAAUUUCCCCAGAACCUUUUUUUGCUUAUCUUUUGAUAUUGUGAUGACAAAAUUGAUGACCAACAUCAAUUUUUUCUUUACAAAAUCAGCAGAUCAUCAAGAGUAAAGGUUAUGAGAAUUACUCAAUUGAUUACCAAAUGCAGAAUGCGUUGAUCUUAAACCAAAUUCUCCCAACUAUUCUUAAAAGAAAUGUAUGGAGAUCAGUCUGGAGAAUUUGUAUGCGGAUUUUGGGACUUAAAGGGUUAAAAGGGCUAAAAAUUGCAAAGUUGCCAAAAAAUGACGAUAACCGCUAAACUUGGAUAAAAAUUCAGUGUUGUAAUCCUAAAAACCAGAAGAUUCAUUUAAUGAUCUAAAUGGUGAAUCGCCAACUCUACUCUGGUUUUCAAAAGAACUUAUGGAUAUUGUUGUAGACUGACUCAAAAUUUUCAGGAAGUGUAUUUUUUACGAAAGGACCAACACAGCAAAACUGUACUCAGAGUCAAAUAUGAAAACCCAAAAACCCUGAACGUCCACAAAGUGAAAUUUUAUAACGAUUUCUGCUAGGACGCAAGAAUCGAGGAACCGAACUCGUAGAAUGGGCAGGAGUCGAUAGAGCCCUUGGCUGCAGAACGGGAGGUCGCGGGUACGAUUCCCGGGACCGGACCAAUACUCAGAGUCUUAAAAUAACUGAGAAAUGAAGGUACUCCCUUUGCAGUGCAAACGGCUAGACUUUCACGUGACUCGGAUGACCACGGAAAAUGGCGGUCCCGUCUCCAGUUGGAGACGUAAAAAUAGGUCCUUAAUUAGUACUUUCAUGGUAAAUAUAUUGACACUCAAAUAAAGUGCUUUCUUUGCCAUUUGCCAAAACGAGAAUCCUUGGCACUCUCUCUUGACAUUGAUCACAUUUUUGUCCUUACAGAGCAUCUUUAUGUGAUCUGCCCUUAUCUGGUUGCCGUUGUAUCGUCUGAAUAUUUUGUUGAUUGGAUCAAACAUGCUUUUAUCACUAAAUUCAAUAACAUUCCUGUUGAGGUAAGUAUAUAUAUACAUUCAUUUUAUCACCAAAAUGAAAGAAUUCAAAACAGUAGUAGCUUCUGUCCUGCGUGGGGGAGUUUAUGUUUCUUGUUCAUGUUUUAGGGUUUGGAAAGAAGGACCCUGAUCCCAUAUUCCCGCUCCUUUGUUCACGAGAAUCCCGGCCCCCGAAAUUCUCUCGUCGCUAUCCUGAAUACCGUCGGUUUUCUUUCCCAACCCCGCAUCCGUGUCGAACCUUUGGCGAAUUCCACUUUCCGGGUAGCAGUCAAAUCUUGUAUUCCGUUUGCGUUUUGCCGAAUCCCGCAAUGUAUUGUGCUCAGAUUUCGGAUUCCGGGAAUGACGUUCCAGACCCUGAUGUUUAUUACUCACCACCGACGGUAUUUUGCACAGAGUAGGCGACUGUUUCCAAAACAUUGUUUUUUAUUUGGCUAAAACAUUUGAUUCUGAGGCCAAAUAUUCGUUCUUGAAGCUGAGUUUAUUUAAACCUUAUUGUCUGAACAACAUUUCUUUCCAUUAUAGAUUAUCUACGCCUAAAACAUAUUUUUCUCGCGCGAUGUAAUUAGGGGACAUUUGCGUUCGUAAUGUCUGUUUUUUUUUUUAGUUGAGGCAGGACCCUUGAAAAAUUCACGAAUUUUACCACGUAGUUGCAUUUUGUUGUGGCCUCAGAAAACAGCCGACAUUCCGGGACGCCACCACUGUCUCCCCGCGAAGUGACGUCUGAUGACGCGUCACUACCCAUAUCUGACUAUUGCUUCUGUUUGGUCGUGCCGCAAUCAGAAGCUCUACCCAUGCGUCAUUAGUAUGGAAUUUCUCAGACGUCAUUUCCCAGCAAACCAGUGGUGGCAUCGCAAAAUCUCUGCUGUUUUCUUAGGCCAAUGUUGUCGCUUUUCAGGCGCCUCAGGUGCUGUAAUCAAAUUUCUGUUGUUAAUGAUCGAUUAAUUGUAAACAGCACUUGAUAUGUUCAUUCGUCUCUAGGUUUAUUGUGAAUACAGGACCCUUCUGGCUGAAGAUGCUACUUCAAGUCGACAAAAGAACGUGAGUAAAUGUGUCAGUCUUGAACAAAAACAAGUCAGGAAGAAUACACAUAAAAAUCAGUGAUUUAUUUGUACGUGCAGCUACCUCGUGAGGAUGCGUGAAGAGCUAUUGGAAGAGUUAGUAUGAAAGCGCUUCUCGAGUUUCUACGAGUUACUCUUAAGCUUACACAAAAACCUGCUGUCCCGCGUCAGCCAUACUCCUCGUUUUCGCGAUCUCUUUUGUUUCCUUGGUUUUUUGCUGGACAAUCGCUACCGGCGUUAGAAGCGAUAAAAAACUUCUCAAAUUACCUUUUGGUUUCCCGAUUAUAUUGAUGCUAGCCUCCCACGCAGACGUUCUUUGAGCUUCGUCACGCGUUUCUUCCCCACGAAGAAGAGAGGAGGAUUGUCUGAUGGAGGUGAGGAUUGCGUGACGAGCCAAAAGAACAUCUGGGUGGGAGGCUAUGUUGAUGCGAAGUAAAAAAACGGUAAUCAUCUUUAUAACACACAUGUCGCGUUCUUUUCAUGAUUCUGUACCUGAUUGUGAUAAGAUGGGGUGGUUAAGCCGAUGUUAUAUUCACAGCAGUUGUUUUGUCUCACAGGCACAUGUUGACCAUUUUGAUCUUGUUUCUCGUCGGAUGGGCUUUAUUCCUCUUCCUUUGGGAUCCCUGGUGAGUUAGUCAUGAUUUGCAUUAUAUAUAAAAAACAGCGCUCUUCCUGUUGGGUUUCCCGCUGGCUUUCACGCAAUGAGUUAACGACCGCUCACGCAAAACACUACUGGCUUCGUUCUCUUUCGUUUUUCAGCCUCCGCCUUAACUUAACUUAACUUUAUCAACCGUUUUUUUUUUCAAAAAGUAGGCACAAAAUUAAUGAAAAAAAACUUGCACGAUGGAUGCUAAAGCCAGAGGCUUAUAUGUUCAAAGUUACAGAAAAAAACUGUGCAGGAAUCACAUUGCGUUCUUGUUCUGGACAUUUUCAACUUCCACUUAACUACAACGUUCACUUAACUGCUGCAUGGUGAUAUUUUCAGGUGAUAAAAGUAAUCGCGCAGUCCGUUAAGCUUCAUGGAGUAGCUGGAGUUUGUCUCUUUCUCAGCACUUUUGUUUUGUGA